AUGAGGCACGGAGAGGAGCAAGAGCAGCACAGGCACAGCCACCUUCCCCUGAUUGUCCCGAAAGGUUCCUGGAAGGAGGUCUACCGCGGGCUCGUGGAGCUGGAUCGCGAGUGGAAGGUUCCUCCGCAGCUUCCUCUGCAGGCGGUGGGGAGCUCGAGCGAGGAGGAGGGGUGGGGCGCCGAGUGGACUCUCCGAGACGACUUCUUCUGGUUCAGUCAGCCAUUCCCCCGGCUGCAGGAGGCGCGGGAGUCGCUCACCUUCCGCCUGGACCUGCCCCUGUGCCUCGUCACGGGGGUGGAGAUCGUUUCCGGGCAGGAUAUCUGGAACGCCGUCUGCCCAAACUUCCUCCAGGUCGAAGUGGGGUUCUCCCCUUCCUCCUUCCCCUUCUCCUCCGCCUCCUUCCCGCUGUCCCCCGCGCCCAUCUCCCACCUGCUCCGCCUCCCUCCAUCCGCGCUCGCCCUGGGCAACCACGUGCGCCUGCUGCUCUCAGGCUCCCCCUGGGCGGAAGGUUGGGCGGAAGCCGGAGGGGAAGGCGGGAGGAAAGGCGGAGGGGGGGGCUAUGACGGGGGAUGGCGGGAAGGGGGUGCAGGAAGGGGGAGUAAAGGGAGGAGAAAAGGGGAGGAAGGGGAAGGUAAACGUGAAGAGAGAGUGCGCGUCUUCGGAAUCCCCCUGGGUGCCCUUCCCCCUCAGAAUGCCCUGCAGGGUGCUCUGGUGCGGUAUGCGGUGGGGAGGGAUGGAGGGGAGUUGGAUGCGGUGAUGAGGAGUGCGGUGGGGCGGGGUGUGCAGGAGUUGGGGAGUGUGGAGACGGUGGUGAAGGCGCUGGGGGAUAAUCUGGUGAAUGCGUUUCCCCUCCGCGAGUGA